UUCGAUAGAGGAAAAAGUUCCCUUGACUUUCCUUGAAGUGUGUUGCUCGUGGAGUAUUCACGCUCAGAGCUGGACUUACCUUCAUCGAUCCCAGGGACCCUGAGCAAGGAGUUGUCACCAUGUCUUCUCCUAGGGACACCAGAGAGGACUUCAGCUCUGAUGAAGAAAGCUCCGCUCGUCCCAUCCAUGUUAGUCCCAUGCAUUCCCCAUCCGAAGCCGAGCACAAGCUCAAGAUCUCCAGCCUGUCUUUCAGCGUGGAGGCGCUCAUGGCUGAUAAGAGGGUGCCCAAGGAGGUCACCCAUCUACGUGGCUUGGACACUUCUGGGGGCAGCGCGGGCGCCCCUAGGCAUCUGGCUUUGGGCUCCGGGAACAGAGAGAGCCCCAGUCCUCCUUCUGGCCUCACCAAAAACCUCGAGACUUCUUCUGUCAAAUCCGAGAACUCUGAAGAUGGCACAGGCUGGCCAAAUGAAGGAGGCAGAUAUUCCCCUCCACCAAGACAUUUGAGCCCAUCAACUUGCACCCUAAGGAAACACAAGACCAACCGCAAGCCCAGAACUCCCUUCACCACGUCGCAGUUGUUGGCCCUGGAGCGCAAAUUCCGCCAGAAGCAAUACCUCUCCAUAGCAGAACGGGCUGAGUUCUCCAGCUCCCUCAACCUCACAGAGACCCAGGUCAAAAUCUGGUUCCAGAACCGCAGAGCCAAAGCCAAAAGACUCCAGGAGGCUGAACUGGAAAAGCUGAAAAUGGCAGCAAAGCCCAUGCUUUCCCAUGGCUUCAGUUUACCCUUCCCUCUUGGUUCCCCCAUUCCAGGUGCUUCAUUGUAUGGAUCCUCCUACCAGCUCCACAGACAGGUCCUUCCCAUGCCACCUGUAGGACUCUAUGCUACUCCUGUUGGAUACAGCAUGUAUCAUUUGUCUUGAGGCAGAUGCUGUAUGCACUGGUUAUAUGGACUACUUGAUGGGCCUUCUGCUAGCCCCCAACUGCACCAAAGACGCAGGACAGUGCUGGUGGCUCUCUGGAUUUACCCUCUUCCAUAAACUAAAUACAAGUGCCUUGCAGCCUGAGAGAGGGCCAGAAAGCUGGAUAUGGAGGGACACUCUGUAGGAGAUGGAAAUGUGUGCUGUCAUUUUUACUCCUGUCUACAAAAUCCUCUGUUCUAAGUUGGUUGUAUAGGUCC